UCUUCUCCAAUAUAACUCAACUCCCUCUAUUCACUCUCUCUCACAAAACCCUCUUUUGGUUGUUUUGUCACUUCUUCAACAAAUCACUAGCUCACAACAAUCUAAUACCUUCCAAUAUCCAUGGCUCUUUUCAGAUUUCCAUUGCUUCUUUUUCUUUCGUCCCUUUUGCUCCGUGUCGCUCUAUGCGAGAUCGACUGUGAAGAAUUGCCGAAGGAUGUGUGUGCAUUUUCCAUCGCAGCAUCAGGAAAGAGGUGUUUGUUGGAGACAUAUGCAAGGGGAGAUGGGAAGGUGGAGUAUCAGUGCAGAACCUCAGAAGUUAUUGUUGAGACAAUGGCAGAUUAUAUAGAGACUGAUCAAUGUGUGAAGGCUUGUGGUGUUGAUAGAAACUCUGUUGGUAUUUCUUCUGAUGCACUUCUUGAGCCUCAUUUCACUGCUAAGCUUUGCUCUCCACCUUGUUACCAGAAAUGCCCAAACAUCAUCGAUCUUUACUUCAAUUUGGCUGCUGGCGAAGGAGCAUUUUUGCCUGAUCUGUGCGACGCAGCCAGGACCAAUCCCCACCGUUCGUUGAUACAGCUAAUGAGCUCAGGGGCAGCCCCUGGUCCUAUUACCAGUGGUGAUUUAUCAACACCAUCCAUUGUUGCUCCUGCUUCGGCUCCCAUGUAAUAGUUAAUGGUUAUGAUUAAAUGUAUUGUGGCUUCGAUAUUAUUUUUAAUUAAUUGCAAAUUAGUGUAAAUCGCGGAUCAGGAAUAAGUGAUUAGGGAGUUCAUCAGAAUUAGGAUCAAUAGGUUAAAUUUGAAAUUCCAUUUAUUGGUGAGGUUUGUUGAGGAUUUAUAUUAUAUUACAUUAUUUUUAUUUACCUUCCAUUGAAGUGUGAUGUUCAUGCUCUCAUUUUAAUAAGUUAUAGACAAACCCACUUCAUUUCA